GCCAUCUUAUCGCGACUAAACGGAGUGGCGGCGGCAUUUCCUGGUGUCUGAGCCUGGCGCGGAGGCUAUGGGCAGCCAGGAGGUGCUGGGCCAGGCGGCCCGGCUGGCCUCCUCCGGUCUCUUCCUGCAGGUGUUGUUUCGGUUGAUCACCUUUGUCUUGAAUGCAUUUAUUCUUCGCUUCCUGUCAAAGGAAAUCGUUGGCGUAGUAAAUGUAAGACUAACGCUGCUUUACUCAACCACCCUCUUCCUGGCCAGAGAGGCCUUCCGCAGAGCAUGUCUCAGUGGGGGCACCCAGCGAGACUGGAGCCAGACCCUCAACCUGCUGUGGCUAACAGUCCCCCUGGGUGUGUUUUGGUCCUUAUUCCUGGGCUGGAUCUGGUUGCAGCUGCUUGAAGUGCCUGAUCCUAAUGUUGUCCCUCACUAUGCAACUGGAGUGGUGCUGUUUGGUCUCUCGGCAGUGGUGGAGCUUCUAGGAGAGCCCUUUUGGGUCUUGGCACAAGCACAUAUGUUUGUGAAGCUCAAGGUGAUUGCCGAGAGCCUGUCGGUAAUUCUUAAGAGCGUUCUGACAGCUUUUCUCGUGCUGUGGUUGCCUCACUGGGGAUUGUAUAUUUUCUCUUUGGCCCAGCUUUUCUAUACCACAGUUCUGGUGCUCUGCUAUGUUAUUUAUUUCACAAAGUUACUGGGUUCCCCAGAAUCAACCAAGCUUCAAACUCUUCCUGUCUCCAGAAUAACAGAUCUGUUACCCAAUAUUACAAGAAAUGGAGCGUUUAUAAACUGGAAAGAGGCUAAACUGACUUGGAGUUUUUUCAAACAGUCUUUCUUGAAACAGAUUUUGACAGAAGGCGAGCGAUAUGUGAUGACAUUUUUGAAUGUAUUGAACUUUGGUGAUCAGGGUGUGUAUGAUAUAGUGAAUAAUCUUGGCUCCCUUGUGGCCAGAUUAAUUUUCCAGCCAAUAGAGGAAAGUUUUUAUAUAUUUUUUGCUAAGGUGCUGGAGAGGGGAAAGGAUGCCACACUUCAGAAGCAGGAGGACGUUGCUGUGGCUGCUGCAGUCUUGGAGUCCCUGCUCAAGCUGGCCCUGCUGGCCGGCCUGACCAUCACUGUUUUUGGCUUUGCCUAUUCUCAGCUGGCUCUGGAUAUCUACGGAGGGACCAUGCUUAGCUCAGGAUCCGGUCCUGUUUUGCUGCGUUCCUACUGUCUCUAUGUUCUCCUGCUUGCCAUCAAUGGAGUGACAGAGUGUUUCACAUUUGCUGCCAUGAGCAAAGAGGAGGUCGACAGAGGCCAAGAAAACCAUGGAGGAGCAGUGGACCUUGGUGUCCCUGCUGAGCACAAGCCAGCAACAAGGACCUGUCCCCCCAGGCUCCACGGCAUCCUCAGCCACAGACAAGCUCAGCCGCUGGGAGUGUGCACCUGUCACAAGUAAUUGCUUCCCAAGAAGCAAUUCCUCUGGGUGUCAGUAAAGUCACUGAUGCCCCAGCCCUCCCCUCAGAGAAUCUGAUUAACCAGCCUAGCUGGAUGGGAAGCUAGGGAACAAAAGCCACCCAGUAAACAGAAGCGGAACAGCCGAGGAAGGGGCUCUGCCAACUGCUCUGGCUCCUUCCGUGGGCGACAGGGCCUCUGUGGGCUAGUGGCUUUGGAAGGGGUUUGCUCAAGGGCCUUGUUUCCCUGCCCACAGGCAUGGGGUACAGCCCCUUAUGCUGGAGGCUCAUCUUUGUAGUGCGCAUUGGUGCUUGGGCAAGGUCUUUGAGCUGCCUGGUCCAAGGGUGGAUUCUAAGGUUUUGACAAGAUCACUCCACGCUCAUGCCUGCUGUGGGCUCUGGCACAGACAGACCCUAGUGUAGGUUCCAGCUCUGCUGUGUCCUUUACACCAUGAUCUUGGGCAGUUUACUAAACCUCUCAAGCCUCAGUGUUUAAGAGGUUUUAUAUUAAUCCUACCUGCUUUUAUAUUUAAUUUCUCUUUUGAUCAAAACAAUACAUGUAUGGUACAUAGUUUUAAAGGUUGAACAAUACUGCAAGGCUGGAAAUACUAAUUCCCCUCUUCUUGACCCAUAGUUUUAAGGUUGAGCAAUACUGCAAGGCUGGAAAUACUGAUUCCCCUCUUCUUGACCCAUUGCUUUCAGUUCUUUUGACUCUUUCACUCUUUUUUUUUUUUUUUUUUUUUUUUUUUUUGAGAUGAGGUCUCCCUCUGUUGCCCAGGCUGAGCUGGAGAGCAGUGGCACAAUCACAGCUCACUGCAGCCUCAAACUCCUGGGGUCAAGCAAUCCUCCCACUUCAGCCUCCCGAGUCGCUGGGACUACAGGUGUGUGCUACCAUGCCCGCCUAAUUUUAAAAUGAUUUGUAGAGAUGGGGUCACACUAUGUUGCCCAGGCUGGUCUUGAACUCCUGGCCUCAAGCGAUCCUCCUGCCUUGGCCCAAAUAGUUGGGAUUACAAGCAUGAACCACUGCACCCUGCCUCUUUCACCUUUAGAACAUUGAUUUCCUACUAUGGAAAAUGAGCUGAUAGCCACCUCUCCAUACAUUUCCUCCCCAUCCUUCAAAUGCUAUGAUUUGGCGUAAGUUGAUAUUCAGUGUUUACAUGUUUAACGCUACGCAAACAUUGUUUUCUGCUAAA